AACCCAGGCCAGCAAAUUUCUCCUGACCCCUGCUUCACUCACGGUAUGGACAAAGUUUUAGCAGGGCUGCACAGGCACAAGUUGCAAAGAAAAUGCCGGCACCAAACUUCUGUGUUCUUUUCUGGAUAUCUGGCUGUGUUCUCUUCCAAGAUGUGAACACAGCUCAGCCCUCAGCUACACAGCCACCAGCAGAUCUCACUUCUAAAUCACCACACAGCCCUACAGGCAAGACUACCACAGCAGCAUCUUCACGGGGAUCAACAGCAGCAGCAACGACGCAAGCUUCAACAGCAUUGAGUCCCCCAGUAAACAAGUCUCCGCUGACUACAGCUUCUGCCACAUUAGUGGAACAGUUGAAAACAACACUAACAUCAGCUGCAGCAAGUCCAAAGGCCACAGGAAGCGGGAACACCACAAGCUCACCCACUUCAGGUGCUGACCAGGAGCUUAUAAUUUACAAACAAAAAAUCAUUGCAACUGAAGUCCUUCAUGUCCAUGGUCCAGUCAUUUCAGAGGCCCAUAAGGAAGCGAUCUCUGCAGAGAACACAAUGAUAUCUCCCUCAGCCAUCACUCCUACUGAGAAGUCAGGACUGGAGAUAGUAGCUUUUGGUGUCAUCGGCUUCAUAGGCAUUCUGGUAGUUGUUGUGUUCAUCCUGGUUGGUGUGGUCUACCUGAGAUUCAGGUGUAACCAUUCCAAAGAUGCAGAAGAUAAACAGAAACCAGAGGACCCUGUGGUAUCUGAAAGUUGCUCAGCUGCUACAAACCGGAAGAACAGCAGCGUCACUCUGAUUUCCAUGAAGAACAUAAACAUGAACAACAGUCUGAGCUACCCCACUUCAGAAAAGGUAUUAUGAACAGUGACAACAUGAUUGGAAUGAUAAGCAGACAUUAGAUAAUCAGCAAUUACUUUCUGUUUUGGGGAAGUUUGUCUUUAAUAAGUUAUUACAUCAUUUUUGAUUAAUACAUUUACUCUAAAACUAAGCACAGCCACCCCUUCUGGGAUGGAAGCCUUUUCUCUAGCUGGAGCUAGUUUUUCUUUGUGUUUGAUAUACCAGCUCUAUUUUUGACAUGGACAAACUUUUUCAGAGUAUUCCAGCAGCUCCCAAACCAAGAUCCUGUAGUUCAGCUGAUGACACGAGCUGCUUCCUUAGAUUAAUGGCCCUUUAGAGUAUGUGCCAGACUUUAUCAGCUUGCCAGAGACCUGACCUUUAAGGCCCCAAGUCAGCUUAACAUUUGCAAUGAAAGGCACCAUCCAAAAGUCCAAUGCUCCCAUUGACUUCAGUAGAUACAAUCAGUGGGACUUCAAGAAAUGCGUAUGUGAUUUGCUGAACCCAGACACAUCUCUGGAAAGACUUUUACUUUCUCGCUGCCACUAUUUUCCCAUUUGAAGUGGAAAUGAUAAUGUUCACCUAUCUAACAGGAAUAUUGUGAGUCUAUGUUAAUUAAUACCUGGAGAUCCAUGAAAGAAAAGUGCUGGAGAAGUGCCAAGUAUUGUUUCUAUUAUUGUUACUAUGUAGCAGGUCUGGUGCUAGGGUGGCCAAGUCACCCCUUGCGGUGGCCUGGGUCCCACCUUUCUUGCCCGCUCUGGCCUCUGACAGUCCCACCCUGUUGUCUCAUCUGCCACACCUUGAUGUUAUGGUUCAAAAAGGAGGCUGCCCCUAAAGGGCAGAGGGGUUUUGAUUCUGGUCUUAGGCCAUUGUCUGGACUGAGGCCCCCUGGCCUUGGCCCACUUUACUCUAGCUGUGUCUCUCUGGCAAAAGUCCACUGUACUGGGACCCUAGGUCCUCAGCCCCAGGUCUCACCCUCUGCUGGACUCUGAGCCCCUCAGCUCCUGGUCUCAUCAGGCACAGCUGUGGACUCAGACUGGCAGGGUAGGCAGAGCAGCACACGGGAGCGGGGGGGGAUGGGGACAUUUGCAGCUGUCCAGGAGUGGGGGGGUUUGCACCCUCCCCGCUCCUGACCAGAAUGCCCAGCCAGCUGCAAACCACGCCCCCUUCCCCCCCGCUCCUGGCUGGCUGCAAAACUGCUCCCCCCCCCAACCACUCCCGUGCCCCACUCCACCUGCCCCACCAGUCUGAGUUCACCAGCCGCCUGGGUCUCACCCUCAUGGGCUCUGCCCCCUCACCCCCUGGUUUCAUCCUUACAGGCACUGGGUCCUCUUGGCCCCUGGUGUCUGGGCUGCCUCAGCCCCUGAUUUUGUACUUGCGGUUUCUGGAUCCCUUCAGUCCCUGGUGUCUAGGCUGCUAGACCCCUGGUCUCACCCUCACAAGCUCUGGGCCAGGUGGCCUCCAGUGUUGCCCUUGAAGGCUCUGGGCCCCCUUGGCCCUUAGUUUCACCCCAUAUGGGCUCUGGGCACCUCAACCCCUGGUCUCACCCUCUGCCAGGCUCUGGGCCCCUCAGUCCCUGCUGGGCUCUGAACCCCUUGGUCUCUGGUCUUGUCCUUUUGGGCUCUGUGGUUCCUUGGCCCCUGGGGUUGCCCUCACAGGCUCUAGGCCCCCUCAGCCCCUGGUUUCACCCUUGCAGGCAUAGGCAUAGGCAUAGACCUUGCGGGUGCUCUGGGGCUCAAGCAUCCACCAAAAACAAUUAGCAGGUGCUCAGCACCCAUGGAGCCACUUGCAGAUGUUAAAAAAAAACAAACAUGCUUUACCAUUUCAAUCCGGCUCUGAAGCAUCUGUAAAAAUUGGGAGCUUCAGAAGGGCUUUUGACACUUUUAACUAAAGCUGAUUCAAUCAGCUA